GAAGUGAGAGAGGAGCUGAAUUAUUAACUGACGGUUAAAGUCAGAGGCAGAACUGAGACGCAGUCAGAGUGAGAGUGAGCUGCCGACCGGAGCUGGUCAUGGACGUGCUUCUGUCUGCCCUGAGGGCCGUGGACCCGGCCGCCGUGGAGCAGGAGUACCAGGUGGUGCGUUCCCAGUCGCUCCAGUUAAAGAGAGAUCACAGUUUGACCACAGAGGUUGGAUCCCUAAAGGAAAACGCCAAGAAAAACCGAUACAAGGACAUCCUGCCAUAUGAUCAGACCCGAGUGGUUCUGUCUCUGCAGAUUUCAGGUUCUGAUUCCGACUACAUCAACGCCAGCUUCGUCCAGGGGGCGUCGGGUAACUGCAGAUACAUCGCCUCCCAGGCGCCCCUCAGUUCCACUCUGACCGACUUCUGGAGGAUGAUCUGGCAACACAAAAUCAAGGUGAUAGUCAUGGCCUGCAGGGAGAUCGAGAUGGGAAAGAGGAAAUGUGAGUGCUACUGGGCCGCCCCGCAUCAGUCUGCGGCGUUUGGACCUUUCAACCGUCACCACGGUAACGCCCCCGUCCUCUCCGUCCUCCGCGUCCCGCGGCCGAGCGUGACGUGUCUCUCUCUGAACGUCCAGCAGGUGGAGUCGCGGCCCAACCAGGACGUGGUGGUGCGAACCCUGGCCGUCCGCUACCAGCAGGACGUCCGCUCGCUGGUCCAGUUCCAGUACCUGUCCUGGCCGGACCACGACGUCCCGUAUGACACGACCGGGAUUCUGGACCUGCUGGACCGAGCCAGGAGCAGCCAGGGAGCCGAAAGCUCACCUGUCCUGGUCCACUGCAGUGCAGGCUGUGGGAGGACAGGAGUCAUUUGUGCUCUGGAUUACAUCCAUGACCUUCUGGUUACCAAGACGGUGACCCAGGACUUCAGCGUCCUGGAUCUGGUCCUGGAGCUGCGCAGACAGAGACCCUCGGCGGUCCAGACCAAGGAGCAGUACGGGUUCAUCUUCAGCGCCGCCGCCAGCAUGUUGGAGCGCUUCCUGCAGACGCCUGAGGACCGGCUCUAUGGCAACCUGCUGGAGGUGAAAAAAAGAGAGAAAAAAACCUCAGCAGCUACUUCUUCAUCCGUCAACAGCUCAUCUGCCAUGAACGAUACCUACGCUGUGGUCAACAAGGCCAAGCAGCCACACCGGACCACAUCAGAACCGUCCUACUCCUCUGUGGUCACGCCCAGGUCCAACCCAGGAACCAGAACCCUGCCGCCAUCCCAUCACUAUGACAACGACCUCAGCCCAGCUUCUGCAGCUCCCAUCUACAGCACUGUGAAGCCCAAGGUCAAACCGCUGACCUCAGCCUCGCCCAUUUACGACAUCGCCGCCCCGACCAACCAGAGGGAAGACCCUCACCUGGUGCCAGCAGAAGCAGAUAACGACUAUGAAGACGUUUCCUCUCCUGCCUCAGACGUCAGCAGCUUCUUCACACCUGGAGCCAUCGGUUUUAACUGUCGCAUCCAGAAGCCGAAAGGACCCAGAGAUCCUCCGGCGGCCUGGGGGCGGAUGGAGAGGUGAACUGGUUGAACUGGUUGAACUGGACCAGUUACCCAUCUGGAAUCAAUCCAAACAGCUGGAGUGGUCAGCAGAUACCCGACCAUCACUGUGAUUUGUUCAGUUACUGGAAUCUUCUCAACUGAUACACUAUUGUUUUAAAAUUAACCAAAGAGCUUCAAUUUUUUCAUGAUUUAACUGAAAUAUGUCAAGUUUAACUCAACUAAAUUGAAUCUAUUUGUCUGAAGAUUAUCUGCAGAUUUUAUACACAAAGUUUCUGGCUCAUAAUUCACAAACUUUUCCGAUAUGGCUUCAGCUUCAAUAAACACGGCAACAGCUUC